AUGCUGAGGGAUUCGGAUAUAGAUUUGUUGAACCACCAUCUAUCAUCGUUAUCAACAGAGCAGCAGAAGCAACAUGACAAUCUCCAGGGCCUGUUGGGACAGUUCAAGAGCUUGCUAGAUGACUACAGCUCACUGAAAAGCGACUACGAGGAGGUGAAAGAAGGCCGAGACAAAUACAAAAGACAAGCCCGAGGCCAGGAGCGCAACCCUUUUGUGCUUGUCCUUGUAGACGGUGAUGGAUAUCUCUUCAAGGAGCACUUCUUGAAAAAUAGCAGCGAAGGAGGCAUCGACGCAGCCCGUGAGCUUAGCGAUUCCGUUAGGGAGCUUAUGCAUUCGACAAUGGGUGUGCAAGCCGAGCAAUGUCAAAUCAUGGUUCGUGUCUAUGCAAACGUCCUCGGAUUAUCGAAAGCUCUAGCCCGAGCUGGUCUUGUGGGCCACGAGGCUCGGUCCUUGUCCCCCUUUACUUCGUCCUUUACACGCGCACAGGCGUUGUUCGAUUUUGUCGAUGCUGCAGAGAAGAAGGAGGGCAGCGAUUACAAAAUCAGAGGUAUUGAGCAAGGCAGAAGUGACCGUAUCACUCUCAUCAAAGCCGCCGGUUUCCAUCGGGAAUUCGAAGCCCUGGACCUGCCUAUCAAGGAACUUCCUACCGUAUUCAUGAACACUCCCCUACUUAACAGCAAGCCGCCAACCGGCCCGGCCGCUAGUAAGGCCAUCAGCGGAACCCACACUUCCAAUAGUACGAAUGGCUCAAAUGGUACGCACGGCACAAUUGGAAUUAAAACAGUCUGCAAGCACUUUCAAAAGGGUAUCUGCAAGUUCGGCAAUAGCUGCAACAAGCAACACGUCAUGCCAAACCAGUCGUUGAAUCACACGCCCAACCCACCCUCGUCUAAAUACUCUGGUGAUUCACCCGAACACGGUUCACCAAAACACAUGUGGUCCUCCCCUACAGUUGGCCGCACCGAGGAAUUCUUUAGAACCGUACUACCCCUGCCAAGCAUCAAAACCGAGGAAUUUAUCCCCGUCACUAAGGAUGGGCACCGAAUCGACCCAUACAUCCCUUCCCCGUCAGGAGCGGCCUUCGAUGAAUACCACUCUCGAGCAAAAGAAGCCAAGGUCUGCAACAGCUAUCACCUGUCGGGAGAAUGUGGUGAUAUGAGCUGCCCGUAUGACCACAGCGAUGUGUCUGACACGAUCAUUGAGGUUCUGCGAUUCAUGCUCCUCCAGCACCCCUGCUCUCGAGCUGGCGCGUGCCGAUCCAUCAAAUGCUACAUGGGUCAUCUAUGCCAGAAGCCCGGGUGCAAGGCCGUCAAGAGCUGGCAAUGCCGCUUCAACCAGGCUGCACACACUCUUGAUCUUAAGGUCGCUCGAUGGGAUGUGCCAUCCGAUCAGAGUGAAAUCGACCAAUGGUCCAUCAGCGAUGACUCUCCCCGAGCGCCUUCACCAAGAUCUUUCUUCGCCGCUUAG